AUGAUAUAAUAGAUUAAAUAUUACCACUAAUUAUAAGAAUUUUUAAAUUCUUCACUCUAAUCUCAUUAGAUUCUCGAUGUUAAUCUUUGUUGGAAAUUAAUUGACGAUUAAGGUGCAUCAGACUUAGGUUCUGCUUUAGUAAAUUGCACUAAUCUCUCAAAUUUGAGACUUCAUCUUAGAGGAAAUAAAAUUGGCGAUAAAGGUGCAUCAGUCUUAGGUUCUAUUUUAGCAAAUUGCACUAAUCUCUCAAAUUUGACACUUGAUCUUAGUAUCAGAUUCAAAAAACUUAUUGGUGUUUUCAAAGAAAUUUUCAGCAAGAAAAAAAACUAAAUUGGUGAUUAAGAUGUAUCAGGAUUAGGCUUUGCUUUAGCAAAUUUUACUUUUCUCUCAAAUUUAACACUUGAUCUUAGGGAAAAUUAAAUUUGUCAUAAAGGUGCAUUAGGUUUAGUUUCUGCUUUAUCAAAUAGCUCUAAUCUCUCAAAUUUGACACUUGAUCUUAGUGGUAAUUAAAUUGGAGAUUAAAAUGCAUCAGGCUUAGGCUCUGCUUUAGCAAAUUGCACUAAUCUCACAAAUUUGGUACUUUAUCUUAUUGAAAAUACAAUAGGUGAUUAAGGUGCAUUAUACUUAGGCUCUGCUUUAGCAAAUUGCACUAAUCUCACAAAUUUGGUACUUGGUCUUAGUCUGAAUGAAAUUAGUGCAAUUGGUGUAUCAGGUAUAGGUUCUGCCUUAGUAAAUUGCACAAAUAUCUCAAAUUUAAUACUUAAUCUUAGUUACAACAAACUUGGUGAUUAAGGUAUAUUAUGCUUAGGUUAUGCAUUAGGAAAUUGCACAAAUCUCUCAAAUUUGACACUUGAUCUUAUUGGAAAUUAAAUUGGUGAUUAAAGUGCAUCAGACUUAGGCUCUGCUUUAGCAAAUUGCACUAAUCUCAGAAAUUUGGAACUGAAUCUUAGAACCAAUAAAAUUGGUGAUUAUGGUGCAUCAUUCUUAGGCUCUGCUUUAGCAAGUUGCACAAAUCUCUCAAAUUUAACACUUGAUCUUAGUGGAAAUUAAAUUUGUGAUUAGAGUGCAUCAGGCUUAGGCUCUGCUUUAUCAAAUAGCACUAAUAUCUCAAAUUUGACACUUUGUCUUAGAUCCAAUUAAAUUGGUGAUUAAUGUGCAUAAGGCUUAGGCUCUUCAUUAGCAAAUUGCACUAAUCUCUCAAUUUUUACACUUUAUCUUAGUAAAAACUAAAUCAACAAAUAAUAAGAAUUGAAAGUAAAAAGCAAGUGUCUUAAAUCAAAAAGAUUAGUUGUCUUUAAUAUUUUCUAUUGGUGA